CCAUGGAUCGCUACUCACUCUUAGCUCUGCUCCUCUUCGCCGCCGUCGCAACCGCCGCGAUUGCCGAUCGAAUCGAUGCCGACGACGACGACGAGCUUCUGAUCCGUCAAGUGGUGGCGGACGGCGAAUCCGAGGAGGAUCACUUGCUGAACGCGGAGCACCACUUCUCCACCUUCAAGUCAAAGUUCAGCAAAACCUACGCUACAAAUGAGGAGCACGACUAUCGCUUCGGCGUCUUCAAGACCAACUUGCGCAGAGCCAAGCUGCACGAGAAACUCGAUCCCUCCGCCGUCCACGGCGUCACCAAGUUCUCCGAUCUCACUCCGUCGGAGUUCCGCCACCAGUUCCUCGGCCUCAAGCCUCUCCGUCUUCCCGCCGAUGCUCAGAAGGCUCCGAUCCUCCCUACGAAGGAUCUCCCUAAGGAUUUCGAUUGGCGGGAAAAAGGAGCCGUCACUCCCAUCAAGGACCAGGGAUCUUGUGGUUCGUGUUGGGCGUUCAGCACCACAGGUGCGUUGGAAGGAGCUCAUUUUCUGGAAACUGGAAACCUAGUGAGCCUUAGCGAGCAACAGCUUGUGGAUUGCGAUCAUGUGUGUGAUCCAGAACAAUAUGGAGCUUGUGACUCAGGGUGUAAUGGUGGGUUGAUGAACAACGCAUUCGAGUACAUACUUCAAGCUGGGGGAGUACAGCGAGAAGAGGACUAUCCUUACAGUGGAAGAGAUGGCUCUUGCAAAUUUGACAAAACCAAAAUUGCAGCUUCCGUAUCUAAUUUCAGUGUUGUUUCCCUUGACGAAAAACAAAUUGCUGCAAAUCUAGUGAAGAAUGGCCCUCUUGCAGUUGGUAUCAAUGCAGUUUUUAUGCAGACAUAUAUUGGUGGCGUCUCAUGCCCAUACAUCUGUGGAAAGCAUAAUUUGGAUCAUGGUGUUCUUCUAGUGGGUUAUGGCGCUCGUGGAUAUGCUCCCAUUCGGCUCAAGAAAAAGGCUUACUGGAUCAUAAAGAAUUCCUGGGGGGAAAGUUGGGGAGAGAAUGGAUAUUACAAAAUCUGCAAAGGGCGAAAUGUUUGUGGAGUGGAUUCCAUGGUCUCAACUGUAGCUGCUAUACAUACACCAACACAUUAAAUUUAAGGAUGCCCUGUUGUGAUUGUGUGGCGCUAGACUAGUGCAGCUUGUGUAAAUAUUAAAUUGUGAAAUGUAUCGUUUAGUACUGGGAAUAGCAUCUCCUUAUAGGAUCAGGAAACUGCUACGAUCAUGUUGUUUAUGUUGUAAGUCCUGUGUGCUACAGGACACUAGACUAGUAUAACUCUGUAUGCUUGUUAGCCCAGUGUCCAAUAUCCGUUGUUAUGGCAACUUGGCAAGCAAGUAAAUGAAUUGGAAGAUCUUCAGUGUAAAAUAUUAUUACCUUCUCAUAAUUUGUAGGGCAUAUUGUGAAAUAUCAGUAUUA